UGUGUGUGUGUGUGUGUGUGUGGGUCUAACUUCUCACAGUGGAAAGCUGAAGUGCCUUUACGCACAAGCUCUCGUCCAUCUAAAGCCACGGUCGGAAGACUUGGAAUUAAUUACUGCGCGGUGGGAUGGCAGAGGAAAUCCUCAACGAUUCCUUCCCAGAUCUGAAAGAAGUGGAAAAUAAGGUUGGCAGGAAAACACCGGAAAGUCUUCUGAUUUGGAUGAGGGAUGCUGCGGACUGCGAAGAUGGUCGGAGGUCUGAUGUGGUCGACAGGGGAGACCGCAGCUCUGCCUUCGCCGGUAGCUUUUCCGACAAAAUAAGCAACUUAAAACAAGAUAUGAGGUGGCUGCGUUCUGCCGAUGUGAGGAUCCUGCGCCAGCUGGUGGCGGUGCACGAGGGUAUCGAGGCCAUGCGUUGGCUGAUGGAGGAGCGGGGUGCCCUAGCCAGCCAUGGCAGCAGCUUAACAGGCAGCCUGAGCAGCCUGGUGACUAUGGAGGAGCAAGGGGCCUCGAUGUCCCCCUGCAGAGGAAGCCAGAGUCCAACUCAGGAUUUGACUGAAACCGCCUCUGGUGAGGAAUCAGCAGAUCACCCACUGCAUGCUGGGGAUGGUGAUUUAAACCACAAGAGCUACUUUGACAUGCUAAUCCCCGAGUCUACUGAUGCAAGACCCCCUCGUCCUUCCAGGCAUGGGGGACCAUCAUCUAGUCCUGCCAGCGGUUUGGUUAGUGCCAAAUUACAAAAGUCACAACCACAGGACUCAGGUGUAGCUCCAUUAAAAGACAUCAAAUAUGGUGCUGACAGCAUCAGAAGAGCUCUUUUCAGAUCUAACAGGGCAAGAAGAGAAGUGAAAGCGGACAAUGGUAGUUUUUCCCUCACUACACAGUCAGGGGAGACACUGACAGAGCAUCAAACUCAGGAGACUUUCAGAUCCUCUCAGAACAAUAAGAUGGUAGAGGAAGAGAGUGUGCAUAAUAGAGAGACGGCUUUGCUGGGCUAUGAUGCUCAGUGGUGCUGGGUGGAGUCACAGGACGAUGUGACGUUUCUAUGAUCUUCUAUGAUGAUAUGUGGUUUGAAGCUAUUCCCUCAACAGUUUAAAAUGCACGUUGACACUAAUGAAUGAAUGAUGAAUGAUGCUUAAAGAUAAAUGUUUUACAGUCUUUUUUUCCCUCUUUGGCUUUUGAUUAGAAUGUAUGCUGUUUGAUGUGUGUAUUUAAGGAGUUCCAAAAGACAAAAAAAAAACUUUUAUUAAAAAUAAAAGAAAUCACAAAUAUGAAGAAGCUCUAGAAGAUAUUGAGAAAUGUUAUAUAUUUAUAUAGUGAAUGUUUUACUAGGGACUUGAAUUGCAGAUUAUUGAUCAUGAACUCUGAAGUCUUUUUCAUGCAAUUGCAUUUCAUUGAAUUUCAUUUGAUUGUCUUAUCUCAUUCAUAAGACAAUAAUGGCUGUCAAUACUUUCUUGUGCUUAUUUCUCAUAUAUUGUCCAGUCUCUUUGAAUGCUUUCACAUUUAUGGAUAUAAGGCAACAAUUAAGCUGUGAGCAUUUUAAAAAUGAUGCU